CAAAAAUAAAACGGACAAAGUAUAUCGGUGUAAACUAGGCCAAAGACUACGUCUAUGGUGGUAUCUUCUUUUUCAAUUAAAAAAAAAGAAUUAAUUUAUACUACAUUGAGAUAUUUGAGUUUGUAGUAAUUGCUAAGAAAAGUAAAAACUGUUUAUUUUAUCUCUCGUUAGAAAGAUAAUUAUGAAUGACGCCAAAUUUCUCGAUAUUGACGAUUCUAUCAAAAUGAAAAAUUUGUUACUACCAGAUAAAGAUAGAGAUGCUUUAAAUCAGCAGAUGGAUGUGUUAAUGAAACAGUUUGAUUCGAAAACUUCUAUCCUUGUACAACCUAUUCCUGGUAUCUGUGUAAAAACAAGAACAGCUGACAGAAAAAAAAGUUUUGUAAACAUAUGUGUAUCUGAUAAAAUUCCACCACCAGAAGAUAUAUCCGAUAUCAAACUAUUUGAACUUUUAAAUGAUGAAGUACCUAAUUAUGUUAUACCAAUGAGUAUAUAUGCUGAAAGGAUGGAAGCUGAUAAAUCUGGUAUACCCAGUGCAACAUACGACGUCAUGAUAAAUGAAGCGUAUUUUAAAAAGUGCCAAGAGAAAAAACAUUUCAUGGCAUUUACGAUAUUAGUUAUACUGAGUGGAGUGGCAGAUAAAUUUGAGAAAAAACUGGAUACGGAGAAUUAUGUUAUUCUUAAAAAUCGAACAGUAAUGGGGAAAUUGCAACAGCAUACAAUAGAAAAUCGCGAGCUUAAAAAGCCGCAAGACCACAAGCCAUUGAUUGAAGAAAUUUCGAGUUCUAUGACACCUAUCAUUAACACAAUUAAUAUACAAGAUAAAAAUACAGCAAAAAUGGAUUAUGUAAUUUUAAGAAAACCAUCAAAAGGUCCAGCUGAGCAUUUAAUAGUUUUAUUUGACAUGUCAAGAAGCAUUUCAGUUGAGGAUGUAGUAGUACUGAUUAAUUCUGAUCGCAUAAAUGUCACGGAUAAGAAAGCUUAUUGUUCUUAUGAUAUUUUACUUCCAUAUACACUUGAAGCAAAUAGUGCAAAAGCCUUUUUGGAUUAUAGUAUUAUGGUAUUACGAAUAGAUACAUUAAUAAAACAAAAAUAAAAAGUAUAAAUACUGAAAUGAGAUUCUACUUUCGCAGUUCCCUUUCUAAAAAAAAUUUUAAUUUUAUCAAAAUAAUUAAAAUUUUAUUUACAAUUCAAAAGCUUCUAUUAAUUUCUAACUUACAAAAUAUAUAUAUGCUCUAUAUCAAUUAAUAUUAUUUUCUUUUUGGAUCUAGAUCUCUUAGUAAAAAAAUAAUAAUGCUUAAUAAAUAAACAAGAUAUAAAAUAUAUUUCGCAGAACAAUAUAAAUUGAACAAUAAGUUGCAUAUUAAGUUUUUCAUAUUUCUGUAUAAAAUGCCGGUCGUUCGAUACCUAUCGUGCCAAAAAUUUGUGGCAACAAAUAUACUGUAAUUAUACCUAUCAU